AUGAAGUUCCAAAUUCUAUCUGUUGCUGCCCUGGCUUCUCUGGCCAGUGCUGUCUCCGAUGCUCUCGACAAGCGCGACUCUCCUCUUGACGUCUCUCUUGAGGUGACCGAUAAUACCAACGUCAAAGCCACCAUCAAGAACACAGGCACCGAGGAUCUGAAACUAUUCAAAACUGGCACCUUCCUUGACGACUCUCACGUUGAGAAAGUUGAAGUCUUUCGAUCCGGAAAGCAGCCUGAACAGGUUGCUUUUGAAGGUCUUCGUCUCCGCGUCAGCACUGCAAAUCUCGAUGAGUCUGCUUUCAAGAUCUUGAAGGCAGGCGAGACCAUCGAGGCUGCUUUCGACAUCGCUGUUGCUCACGAUCUUAGCGUUGGCGGCGACUUCGACUUGCUCACAGAGGGUGCAUUUGCCUACGCCAAUCUCGACUCCACCUCGAUUGCAGGCGCCGUUCCAUUCACCAGUAAUAAGGUCACUACUGCAGUCGAUGGCGCAAAGGCCGGCAAGGUUCGCCGCGAUUGGAUUGAUCUUGCUAAGCGUACGAUUGUACAGUCUGAUUGCACUGGAUCCCGUGGGACCGCCACAAGGACUGCGCUGUCCAACUGCGCUUCACUUGCGCGCACUGCCGCCAAUGCUGCAGUCAACAAUUCUGCGAAGCUGAACGAGUACUUUAAGAGUACUUCUUCUAGUACUGCUUCAAGUGUGCAGACGGUCUACAACCGCAUCGCCACACAGUGUGGAUCCACCACUUCUGGUGACUCCACUCAAUACUGUUCCGACAUUCUCGGUGCUUGCGCCGGUGGUGUAUUGGCAUACACUUCCCCUUCAACUUCUCAGAUGGUUAAUUGCCCUCUCUUCUUCAACCAGUCUCCUCUGAGCAGCCAGUGCCACGCUCAAGACCAAGCUACUACCAUCCUCCACGAGAUGACCCACCUUCGCCAGGUAAAGGGAACCAGCGACUACGGCGGUUACGGAUAUCAAUUUGUUCGCAGCCUCUCUGCGGCUCAGAACUUGAACCACGCUGACACCUACACUCUGUUUGCUCAGGCUCUCUACGCUCAGUGUUAG